AUUUAUUCCUUAUAUGAUUUAUUUAAUAAUUUUUGUUGCAGAUCUGUGUGUGGUUGUUCAGUCACUAUGUUUACAAAAGUACUACUUGCUGAAGCCUUUGCACUUACUCUGCAUCAACAGCUUGUCUUCAUCUUGUAAUAUUCCCUGACUUUAUUAUUGGCCUCUGGCCUCCAGAAGUUUAUUUCCUACUCUUCAGUUUCCUGUGCAAGUUUUCUGCAUUUUCUCACCUCUAACAGAUAUUGUUGUUGGUUUUCCUCUAAUUUUGUUGCUAUAGUUUUUAUUGUUGCACUCUCUUUUUCAUCUUUAUUAUGACUUUCAAGCCUCGUUACAAUUUGCUACUGAUGUUUGCAGACAUUUCCCUAAAUCUUGUUAAGGCAAAUUCUUAAACUUUUUUUUUCUUAACCUAACAUCCCCCUCCACCUUACACCCAGUUUUCUCAGCUCAGAGAAAUUGGCAGUUUGAGGGAGCAAAGAGCACAUGUCCUCACACUCUGAUCUGUUCUCUGCCUAUGUUCUUACAGGGGGUGUUGGACACUUUAAACCUGGCUGUGGUGGUCUCCAGGGUGCACAAAUGCAGCUCCCACUGCCUAAAGCUGUGAAUCUUUAGAGGAAAGAAUCAGCUGUGCAUGCAAGGGCCACGUGAUAUUUUUGGUUUAAGAAUGCUGAGUUUUAAUUUUUAGUUUGAGCAUUUAUUUGUCCUCUCCAGGUUUUAGGUUUAUGCAUUUUUUCAGCUUCUUUGUGUCCUUUGAAAUACUCUCUGUAUUUCCCAAGAACAAACAUUCUUUUCUGUGGUUAAAGCUUCAAACGACCAAGCCCAUACACGUUUAUGUAGUGUGUGUGUACAGUGUAUACAUACACAUUUACAUUAUCUGUGUGGGGUUGUGUGGUGUAUGCUGAGAGAACCUGAGUGUUUGUAUUCCAAAUAGAUCAGAAAAAUACAGAGUUAAUAACAUACUGGAGUAGUAGCAAAGUGAGUGUUACUCUCCUGUUGCUAAGUGAGAUGGACAGAUGUUACAAAGAGUACAAUUAAUACUCUGCUGAUGUCCCUAAGCCAGAAAGGUUUAAACAGAAUUAAAUUAUAUUUAAUUCCUGAGAAAUUAUAGGGUAGAAAUUAACCCAGAAUUAAAGACUCCAUGAAAACAGAAAGCAUUUGGCUAGUCUUAAUUGAACAAAACCUCUAUUAUAUUAUCCUAAAAAUGCUUGAAAAAUUAGCCCAGGACACAGACCUGUGUGCAGCAGUCUGAAACCACAGGAAAAGGAGACACUAUUGUGCAGGAAUUAGCUGAACACCAAAUGGGACCAACUGGAUCACUCCUCCAACAGCUCAAAGUAACCAUAUUUACCACCCCAAACUCAUGUUUUCCGUGUUUCUGAUGGCUAUGUAAGUCAGCAAUGUGGCUGACCUGCAUAAGACAUCCAUCAGAUCAGAUUCCAAACAGGAGUGAGGUGAUGGCCGGGAAGGGCACGUGUUCCCAGAGCCGCAGGCAGGGAGCUCAGGGAGGGGCUGACACGGAAUUGUGCCUUUGUCGACCUCUUCUCCCUCUUGCUCCCCCAAAUGUGAGAGCUUUCCCCCAUCUGGGGACAUUGUUUCAUUGGUGUCCAUGCAAUAUUUUGUUUCUCACUGUGCUCUGAGGAGUGGUUUUGUAAGUUUUUUUCCCUGUCAAUCAGUGUUCAGUGAAGUGCUUGUUGCUUCAAUAUUUGCUGAGCAGGUUCCAGGCCAGCCAAUCUCUGAGUGUGCUUUGCUUGAGCAGAUAAUUCAGGCUGUGCCUGAGCAGGCUGAGAGCAGUGGCUUUGAGUUCAGAUUUGUUGCUUCAUGGGCACUGCACAGACUCAGAGAACCCCAGAAUGGUUUGGGUUGGAAGGAACAUUAAAGCUCAUCCCAUCCCACCCCUGCCAUGGGCAGCGACACCUUCACUAUCCCAGGCUGCUCCAGCCUGGAGCACUUCCAGGGCUGGGACAGCCACAGGUCCAGCAUGUCCCAGCUGUGCCUGGUGAGGAGCAAGCAGAGUGAACCAGACCUCGUUAAACCUCAGCAAAACACAGGAGUAAAACUCAUCAGCUGUGAUUCUGGAGGACUCCAUAUCCAUGCCAGCCUUCCUGCCAUGGUCUUGCUGUCCUAUGGAGCAAUUAAAUUAAUCAAUAAUAACAACUUUUUAAAAGCACUGGUUAGUUUAAAAGCAUGAGGAGAGAAUGACUGUUAAUAUAAUUAGAUUUCCAGCUCCAGUUUCCAGGUUAGGAUAUUAUGGACACGUUUGUUCCUAUCACAUUUGCUUUGUGGUUCAGUAUGAAUUUUCAAUAGAUGACUUUGUGAUAAGAAAGCAGCAGUUCACAUGCAAUUAUAUAAACAGUAAGAUCAGCCUGGAAUUAGCCUGGAGAGUAUAAAGCACACACAGAGCUUGUGCUGGGUCACUGCCUCUCCCAGCUCAAGGCAGAAUCAGGUUCCUGUAAUACAGAAGAAUUCUGCUGACAAGAGGUUGGUCUUUCCAGACUGGUGUUGCAGCUACAGGGUAAACCAGCCUGUGUAAUGGAUGGCUUUGCUAUGAGAAAUUGGCAGCUGGAAGAGACUAGAGGGUGAUGUCCAGAUGUUGGUAGACGCUGUCAUUUAAAGUUUAUCAUUUAGAGGCUCUAGAGUAGCUCCUGAAAUUGUCUUGGGAGCUAAUCAAGGCUUUGUUCUCAGGAUCCACCCCGCAGGUCUGAGAAAUGAGGUCAGCUCAACAGACAGAUAAAGCAGGAUUCAUUGACUUGAACUAUUUGCUGAUGUUCUUUAUUGUAAUUUGCUUGAAUCUAUUAUUUAGUUCUUGGCUGUGUUCCCAUCUUAUCAUGCCUCUAAGCCACUGGAAAUUGAAAAAUCCAGUUUUAUGCCUGAUAUGCACACCCUUGUCUUUUUGUCUCUAACAUUUUAUAAGAUGAUUUCUUUAGAAAAUUGUUUUAAAGCAGUGAGAUUAUUUUAUUAUCUCUGCUUAAUUCUAGAGUUUAUGUUCUCUUACAUGUCACACUUUCAAAUCUUUCAGCGCCUCUUAUUUGUUCUGUGUCAGGAUUUUAUCACUCACUAGUGAGAAAUUCCAUGUAAUACGCUUUAGUGGGGGGAAGUGAAUUUGCUCUAUGUUGUUAACGGCCUCUUUGCCCUUGCUCUCUGUUUAAUGGUCAGUAUUAUUUCAAUAAGGACUGAGAUUGGAAAGAAAUUAUCAGCCUGUAGCUAGAAAUGUUAAGAUUACUCCAGGUGUGUGACUGUCCUGGCUGUUCCUGUCGCAUGCCAGGACAUGGCUGGAAGGCACAUCCCAUUUUACCUGUGGUUUGCUCUGUUUGUUUGUUCUUCCCCAUCCAGCAUGAGUCCCUUCUUUGUGAUGUCUCUCCUCUUUGGCCUGAUUUUUGGACAAACAGCAUCACUCUGUGCUCCUGCCGAGUACACAAUCCACGUGGAGAAGCGGGAAUGUGCCUAUUGCCUGGCCAUCAACACCACCAUCUGCGCUGGAUUCUGCAUGACUCGGGACAGCAAUGGCAAGAAGCUGCUUCUGAAGAGUGCUCUGUCCCAGAACGUGUGCACGUACAAGGAGAUGCUGUACCGGACAGCGCUGAUCCCGGGCUGCCCUCUCCACACCAUCCCCUACUACUCCUACCCCGUGGCUCUCAGCUGCAAGUGUGGCAAGUGCAACACUGACUACAGUGACUGUGUCCGUGAGAGGGUCAGGACAAACUACUGCACUAAGCCACAGAAGCUCUGUAACCUGUAAAGCUUUCAGUGGGAUGUGGGUGAAAUGUACUGCUCCGCUCGCACCUCAACGGAAAUAAAACUGUUUCAUAUUCGGUUUGCAAA